AUGGUCAAUCUCGCCACGCUCCAGGCAGGCCGCCUUCGCUACAACUCGCCAUGGACCCAGGUGUCCAUUGUAGGCUUUGUAGCCUUUUGCUCCGUCGGCAUGUUCAGCGCAAUCAGCAACCUGGGUGCGGGUGGCAUGCAAGAUGUUCAGCUCAGCGACAUCGCCAACAGUGUCUUGUAUGGCAUGUUCUUUUUGGGAGGUUUCUUUGGCGGAAGCAUCAACAAUAUUCUCGGUCCUCGAUUGACCAUGUCCAUUGGCACCACAGGCUACGCUUUGUAUCUGGGCUCGCUGUGGGCCUUUCAACUGCACGGCACGCGAUGGUUUCUUAUCUUUGCUGGGGGUGUUCUGGGCGUCUCUGCUGCUCUCUUCUGGGCAGCCCAAGGUGCCAUCAUGAUGUCGUACCCGCUCGAAAAAGACAAGGGACGUGCCUUUACCAUCUUCUGGUCGCUUUUCCAGAUGGGGACACUUAUUGGAGCGGCCAUUGCCCUUGGAAUCGAAUUCAACAGCACGCUGCCUGGCGUUUCUGACGGUGUCUACGUCGCAUUCAUGAUCAUCAUGUUAACUGCCAUUGCCACCAGUUGGCUGGUUCUCCCCCCUCAGGCUGUGGUUCGUGGUGAUGGAACCAUUGUGCGCAUUGCGGCCUCUCUCUCACCCAAGCAAGAAUUCAUGGAGUUUGUUCGCAUGUUCAAGGACUGGCGCAUGAUUGCUCUCUUCCCCAUGUUCUUCUCUUCCAACUACUUCUAUGCUUACCAAGGCGCCAUCACCGCCUUCUUAUUCAAUGGCCGCACACGCGCCUUGGUUGCGCUCUUGACUGGUCUUGGAUCCAUCAUCGGUUCCAUCCUUAUUGGUCUCGUUACUGACAACCUGCCUUUCAACCGACGAAAGCGUGCCCUUUGGUCUUGUGCCUUUGUCACAUUCUUGAUCUGCCUUGUAUGGGCUUCGGGAGUAGCCUUCCAGACCAGAUUCGUUCGAGACCAGAAGACGGUUGACGGGCAAAGGCGUCCUUGGGAUUGGACCGUCGGAGUGGCCGCUGGCCCUAUUGUUUUACUCUUCGCCUAUUAUGUCGUCGAUGCUGCUUACCAAGGCUUGGCGUACUAUACCAUGUCCUCCAUCAGCAACGAUCCUUUUAAGCUCGCCCGUAUGGCUGGAUAUUACAAGGGAAUUCAGUCUGCAGGUGCCGCCGUGUCGUUUGGAAUGGAUGCUGUCAAGACGCCGUAUCUGGGCGAAGUUCUCGUUUCGUGGCUCUUGACCCUGAUUUCUCUCCCGCUUUGCGCCUUGGUUCUCUACCAUGUGCCCGACAGCAACUACGAGAUCGAGGGAGUUGCUCACAUUGAGGAUGUCGAUUCGAAGGCUGCUGAAGGCAUCUCUGCACCCCCAGAUCACCAGCGUAAGGAUAGUGGUACAGCCUGA